CCAACAAGAAAUGCUUUUCCGAUUCUUUUUAUUAAUUGUCGCUAUCCUCACCAUUGUGAAUGCAGGCGAGCCAGAACAUGGAGCUCCUCCACCAAAUGGAACAGAUAUGGGAAAUGAUACAAUGCUAGAAGCACGAGCUGGGGGACCACCAAUGGAUGGUAUGAAUGGAACUGUUGUUCAAGAGAAUGGAAACAAGACUGGAGGAGUGAUGGAUUGGAUCAAAUCAAAGCUUGGAAAGUAGACAAAUACAACUGAACUUCUCAUUUAUGCAAUUACUUUUGUAAUAUUUAAUAUUGGAAGAAAUGAAUGUUAAGUUAAAA